CAGUACCACUAAUUAAGUUUUUUUUUUUCUACAAAUUCUGAAGAGCACUAUUAACCAUUAAAAAUCAAGAGCAAUGGUUUCUGCUUAUUAUUCUUCCAAUGUUUCAGCAGCAUUAUUGUUGAUUUUUAUUUUCAUGAUCAACACUUCCACGGUUACCUUUGCUGGCAAGUUUUACCAAGAUUUCUACAUAACAUGGGGAGGGGACUAUCAUGCAAAGAUGCUCAACAACGGGGACCUCCUUGCUCUCUCUCUUGACAAUGUCAGUGGCUCAGCUUUUGAGUCAUAUAAUCAAUACCUAUAUGCAAAGAUUGAUAUACGGAUCAAGCUUGUUGCUGGAAACUCUGCUGGCACUGUCACUACCUUCUAUUUAUCAUCAACUGGGUCAUCCCAUGACGAGAUAGACUUUGAAUUCUUGGGGAAUGUUACUGGUGAGCCUUACAUUCUUCAUACUAAUGUGUUCUGCCAAGGCAAGGGUAACAGAGAGCAGCAAUUCUAUCUUUGGUUUGACCCCACUGCUGAUUUCCACACCUAUUCUCUACUUUGGAAUCCCCAAAAUGUUAUAUUCUUGGUUGAUGACCUUCCAAUUCGACAGUUCAAGAACCAGGAGUCGUUUGGUAUUCCAUUCCCCAAAAACCAGGCUAUGAGAUUAUACUCCAGUCUCUGGAAUGCUGAUAACUGGGCCACAAGAGGUGGACUUGUAAAGAUAGAUUGGACACAAUCGCCCUUCACUGCCUCCUACAUGAACUUCAAUGCCGAUGCUUGCAUCUGCUCUUAUGGCACUUCUUCUUGCGAUUCAAAAUCAAAUAAAGGAUCAUGGUACUGGAAGACUCUUAACAUUGCGGAUCAAGGGAGGAUGCAAUGGGUGCAAAAGAAUUAUAUGAUCUACAACUACUGCACAGACGUAAAGCGAUUCCCUCAAGGAUUUGCCCCAGAAUGCUAUCUUACCAUUUUUCCCUACAGGGGUCACAGCGCAGCUCAUACAUAAUUAUUCAUUUAGUCUCUGCAGAAGAAGUGUGUUUACCUUUGAUUUGAAUUGGACCCAAGAAAACAUAAACAUUCUUAACAUGUUAAAGGCAGCUUGUUUACGUUCGUUUUAUUUUUGUUUAAACUUACUAUUUUGUUUUUAAGAUUUUGAUUCUUCUUGCAUGACGAUGCGGAUGUAGGCACGAACUGUAGGACCUUGUAAGAAUCUUGUGUUAUUGUUCGGUUGAUAUAUUUUCUUAGUGUGUUUUGGUGGGUAUUGUUUGUUGAUCCUUGUUUGUCAAUGUUCAUCAUAUUUGAACGAACUCCUUUAAGGGAUGAA